CACAUAUUCCGCCCGAGUCACGCAAAUCCUGUCUCCCGCUAUUGUUUUUGGUGGUUUUAAUUGUUUGUUAGCGAUUUCCUCCUCUCGGCAGACGCAGAGUGUGUUCAGAUUCUUGCGGAGGAGGCUUGUUCGAGAUAACUUGCCAAAAAUGACGUUUUGAAAAACACUUGAACGCUCGGCCCUACUAGAUAAGCCUGCAGUUGCCAACAUUGCCAGAAUUGCAUUUCUAAUUUGCAUUUCUAAUUGUGCAAAUUGAUAAAGCGCAAAGCCAACGUUGGCGAUUUUAAAUAAAUAGAAAACGUGUUCAGAUGGUUCUUAUUUAACCAGUUUCGCAGUUACGAAACUUGCCAUGACGCAAUCUCAUUAUGAGUGAGUGACACAAAAUCCUGAAUAUUUAAACAUUAUUUUGAGGGGUUUUUUAAACUUUUUUGGAGGUUUUAAGCAGAAGAAAGGUAAGUCCAAAAUAUAAAAUAAAUGAGGAAGAAAUAACCCUCGGAAAUAGGCUGUAAAACGCCAAUAUCUCGGAAGAUAUUUCAGGAAUUUUUUCAGACAUCUUGGUUUGCGGACAAAAGCAUGACCGGUAUUAGGAGGUUCUGCGCAUGCCCAGUUUGUCGUCUUGUUGCCCCUGUUAAUUUCAUUCAUGUGCUUCAACCAGUUGCCUUUGUAUUUGCAAGUGAUUACUUCUCGUCGAAAGGAGAGCAAACUGGUCGACUUUUCGGGAAACCAUCCUCGCUAAGGGGUUUAUCCCUUCUUGGAGUAUCCUCCAACCAUUUUGUGAGGUUCCUACGUGUCUGAGAGAAGAGAAACACUCGCUCGAAGUUUCGUAUUUCGUCAAACAGUUUCCGUCAACGCCAUGAUAAAGCGCCGAGUCGUCGUUGGCGAGUAACCGCUAGUUGUCGGCCUGAAUCGUUUUGUAUAAGUUCAGUCGAACUCAACUAAAAUUUACAUCGUGUGUUAUCAAAAAAUGUGAACAGAGAAGCCGUUGUAAGUCUUAAGGACUUUGUUUUACCCGAGAAAUCUCGCAAAACAUGUCCUCAGAAAGGCUCGAUGUCAACCUUCGUGUUGGAUGCGAAUACAAGCAUUUGGCGUGUUACGUGCUUUAAGGAUAUUUCAUGAGCACCUUGCAAGUAAACGAAGCCGGGGAAAUGACUGCUGAAAUUUCACAAACUAUUAUGACGGAAGGAGAAAGCGAACCGAAGAGAGACGACAACUCCAAACCAACUUCGGAUGCGGUAGAAACCAAUUCAACUCACUCAAUCUCAGACGACAAGGCCGUCGAAGACACGAAGGAGAGAGGGCAAAAUCUUUUAAAUGAAAGCAUAGAAGCGGAAGAGAAGGCUGUAGCCUCGAGUCCAGAUGGUAGAUUCCUCGCAUUUGAUAUUGAAAUCGGUCGGGGCUCGUUUAAAACUGUUUUUAAAGGUCUAGACACUGAAACUGGUGUUGCUGUGGCUUGGUGUGAAUUACAGGUAGGCGAUAAAUUUCGGGCCGCAAGUAUUUCGUUGGUUUUGUCCUAAAUACACAGAGUUAUUCUUUCGAAACCUCGCUGACUUUAUUCAGUAAUUGUUGUUAUUUUCUCGCUGUUUCAGGAUAAAUAUUCGAAGUCGGAGCGAUCUCGCUUCAAAGAGGAGGCCGUCAUGCUGAAACAGCUUACUCAUCCAAAUAUUGUGAAAUUUCAUGAGUUCUUCGAGCGGAAUAGAAACGGUCAAAAGGAUAAAAAGCAACUAAUUCUUGUCACAGAAUUGAUGACUUCUGGCACUCUUAAAACGUGAGUAGAAAACUAAUUUGGGGGGUUUAUAUCACGAAACAUUGCCACAGGAAAAUCACCAUUGGGCAAUUUAAAUUCUCAGACGAAGUGGUGGUCGCAAGUUUAUAUAUUUAUAUUGAAUUCAAAUUUAUAUGAAAGCACAAGUAGACAAGAUGAUGUGGCUUUCUUGUGGCAUUACGUUUAGUAAUCUUUUAUUGAUAUGGUGUUGUCUUUUGUCUUAGACCUGAAAUUAUGAUAUAUCACUUUUGACAUCGGGCACCCUUCUGGUUUUGUUAAUACCUCAGUGUUGUCACUACUUGAUGAGCAUGGUAUAUCCAGUUGGUCCCUUUUGGUUUCUUUACAGGCGAGAUCACCCCCAAAACCAGACACGACACUGUAGAUUUGCAUGUCUAAUCAAUUCAAUAUCUUCAAUGAUUCAUGCCCAUAAACCACAAUUAAAAAUGUAAAGAAGAGAGAAAACCCCAGUCUAAGAUAUUUUGCAACUAAUAGAAAGAAUACCACAAGUAUGAUUAGAGAUUGUCUGGGUUAUCAUGCAACCAUACAAAUCAAACGUCUAUUUAUGGUAAGAUUUCGAUCUUUCAUGGAAACAUCAAGUUGUGAUUCAGAGGGUAUUCACCAUAAAACAACAAAUAAUUGCUUGCUGAUAACCAUAAUAAUUUAAGUGAUGCGGUGCAUGGCAGGGUGUAUUGAAACUGUAGUCAAAGGGAUUUUUACUAACAUUACAUCAUUUGUACUGUACUUCGUAAAAUGGAAGUACUACACGUCAUUACUAUUGUCCACAGCUUUAUGGAUAUUUAUAUAUUUGUUCAUGAGGCUAUUGUUCAUUUGUAGUGUUUCCUUCCUUCGUUCAGACAGUUUAUAAAUCUUGUACAGUAGUUCUUAAUGAAACUAGCUAUCGUAGUAUCAUUACAGUUAUUUGGUGUUUAAACAUCCAUAAAUUUGUUUAUGUGACAACUGUACAUUAGUGCUUUCCUUCUUUGUUUGGACAGCUUGUAACGCUUCUUUUGAAUUGAAUUCUUUAUAAUUUGUGUGGCUUAUUUUUGCCAACCUUUUUCAAAAGAUUCUUCUUCUGUAAGACUGUAGUGGGUAUAGACUGUAAUAGUUUAUUGCAAUUAAUUGCUUACACAGCUUUUCAACUGUAGAAAAAGGUCGUGCAAUCUUAUCCUUCCUAUUCUAUACUUCCUGUGCUGUUGAAAAAAAUAUAAAGCUGAUAGCUCAAAUUUUCAAAGAGUCUAGUAAUAUUUCACUUUUAAUUUAAGAUUUGUUAGACUGUAAAAUAUAGUUGUUAUUAUCAUAGAAGUUAUUGAAGGCUAAAGCUCUCUUGAUGUAUGCAACAUGAGAAACUAUUAUUUAUGCAUCAAAUGUAGUUCCUCAUUGCAACAAUUUAAUUGCUAUUUUGUACAUGUAUGGAUUUUAACCUCACAUGUAUAUAGCUUUAAGUUUGAUACAGUAAUCUAGACUGUGAAUUUGGACAGUGUUUCCCAGCCAAUUAUGUUCAUGAAACAUUUAAAUAUGUGGCUGUGAAAUUGUUUGAAUGGGUUUAUGUAAUACAGUAUGUAUUUUGGCAGUACUGUAUUUGUCUGUCAGCAAAUCAAGCGUGUAAAGUUGAUUAUGUCAUAGCUUUUUCUAUAAAUUUAUACCAAAUUGAUCUGACUCUCCUUACAUUUAGUUUAUCAGAAGAGGUUGUCUGGUAUGAUUCUAAAUCUAUUUUGAAAAGGGUUUAUAUUAGAUAACACCAAUGAUAAACACUAUUUUGUGAAUUAGACUGAAAUUUGCAUUGUUUCAACUUUGUAGAAGGUGAGGUGGGAGAGUAAAGGGUCAAUACCAUAGAUAUCUUAUAUACACUAGAUAGCACAUCUCUUUUUGUAAAAUUGAAGCCAAGAAUAUUCCAGCUGUUACCCCCAUUUGAAUAGAUGGCGGCCAUGUUGGAGUUUCCCACUCACUAAUAAACGCUUAAAAAACAACAAUAACUUUCAUCAUUUGAAUAGUUUGAAAAUGUAUUUGGAAUAGGUUUAACUUAAUGUUUAAGUUCCCUGUAUAAGAAAUAGAAAACAUACGAGUCUUCUCAUUUCAUGGGAAUAUCCUGAGCCUGCAAUCACGACUUCAAUUUUUGAAUUGCAGAAUAAUUAGAUAGAUAGAUAGAUAUUUUAUUAAAAGCCACUUUGCAGCCACUUUGGCUGAAUUACGUAGAUUUUUACAAUAGUAUAUAACUUUAAAUAUUAGUCUACUCAAUUAUUAUAAUAUAUCAUGGUUGGCACAAAAGUGUUCCUAAAGUUCCUUAGUGUUAGUCAUUGGAAGAUCAUAGAGGCGUUUGUGUCGUAAGUUAUAUUUCGCUUGGUGUUUUGGCGGCAGCAGUGCAUGGAGUUUAUGGUCACUGUCAGUUGAUAUUUUAAGGAAAAGCUUUUCACACAGUGUUUGUCUUCAGACCGAUAAGGAGUUUAGUCCAGAUUGCUGCAGGCUCUCUGAAUAUGGCUGUCCUCUGUAAAUUAUAGCCAAGGAUUGUUUUUGUACUAGCUCUAUUUAGUGUAUAUAAGAUAUCUAUGGUCAAUACAUGUUUUCCUUAUUUGUAUUAAUUUGUACCCUAAGGUGUACAGGCUGUGCUGAACUUGGCUGCAAAGUAUAUUGCACAAGUUUUUUAUAAUUGAUUUGGAAAAGACAAAUUUUAUUUAUUUGGAAAAGUUUUAAUUUCGUAAGCCCAGUUCUUCAUCAGUGUACAAUUAUUUGAUGAUAAAUCAUCGUGUUUGUCAUCCAUGUUUAAGUUGUAUGGUUUGUUGUAUGGAUUAUUUGCUGAUAACCACUACAGUUUAUUCUUACCUAUAUAUGAAAUUUAUAUUAGACAUGCUGUACAAGAGGUUUGACCUCUUUUGGCCGCAUACAUUUUUUUUGGGUGAUUGCCAGUUGUGAAUAAUACCUUUCAUUAGGAAUAUGCAUGACUGGUUUUGACAAGGUUAAGUAUUGGUCUAGCAUAUAAUUGAGUGUGUUUAAUCCUUGGUUAUGCUUUACCUAAGCUUUUAGUAUACAUCCACUGAAGUAUGACAAAUUGUUUGUUGAAAUAACAAUGUGUGGAAAUGCAUGCUACAAGAUUUUUAAUAUUUCCUAACAUAAUACAGUACUUACAUUUAGUGCGGUUACAAGUACAUGUAUUUUUAUGUCUGGUAAUAUAAUUUUCAUAUGAGUGCAAAAGGAUUAGUUGUAUAUGAUAAAAGCACUAUUGCUUAGAAAUUAUUAAAACUUAAUCUGUUUACUCUGAGAUUAUCAGCGUUUUAAGCUUUCUGUAAUUGGAGUUGGGAUUGUCAAAGGGACUUAAGGGAUGCAAUUUAACAUGCGGACAUUAAUUUUGGGCUUUUCUAAUACUAUGUAAAUACUACAAAUAACAGGGCAGACGAACAUGUAUUGUAAAUUUUCUCAAGUUUUACUCUUACACUUUUUAGGUACUAACAAUUAGUAGUUUACUUAGAAACUAUACAAUAUUCUUAAUCCUAUUAGUGCUGACAAGUUUUCCCUUAAAAAUCAUCUGGCAUUAGACUGAGUAAAUAAUGAAAAGGGGUGUCAUAGUUAUAGGGCCCAUUUCAAACCAUUCUAUGCAUACCGGUAGUAAUUUAGUUGUGAUAAUAAUAUCUUGUCACGAGGCACUUGACAGCGUCGUCACAAUUCAGUGGAACAUUUUAUUAUUACUUCACAAAGAAGCUUUAUUUGAGGCGUUUCUAUUUGGUUUUGUUGACAAGUUUUAUGUUAAUUUAAAAAAUAUAUUUUUAUUUCAACUCAUUGAGAGCACCAGCACUAUGCAACUCAGUGAGUUAAAGUGUUCUGAAGAUCAGUGAUAUUAUAUUUAGAUUGUAGUAGAUGUAAGCAUAAGAAUUUUUCUCCGGAAUUAUCAAAGUCUUAUAGCCUUUAUUCACAAUAUUUAAAGUAAUCUUAGAUUAUAAAUAAUAAAUAUUGUUCUUUCAAUGUUAUUGUGGUUUUAUGUGUUCGUGUUUGUUAAUUACCAUUCUCGUUGAAACAAAGACAUGGUCUGGCAGGUAGUCUUAAAAAUAUUUCGUGAUAAUCAUAGCAGGAUAUUUCGUUGCUUCCUGUCACAUCAUGGUAGUGACGUUCAAUUGCUGGGAAGGGCAAUGGGUGCUUGAAUUUUAUGGAAGGAAGAAACAUAAUAUACACUUGUUCAUUCUGGCAGUAGCAUCCUAUAUUAUAUUAAUUCACACUAUAGCAUGAGCAAAUUUAUCUGAUACCUUUAUUGUUUAGUUAAGUCUUUACUAAAGUUUGCAUGUUAUGAUAUUUGUGCUUGGAGAAUAUUACAUUCAAUGCUUGUUUAAUUAAAAAAUUUUUGUUAAAAAUGUUAUUAUAAACAGGGUAUUUUAUUUCCUAUAAAUACAAUUUAUGUUCUGUUCCUUAGUUUUACAAUUUUUAAUGCUAUUCUAACUUAUUCUAAUUUGUUUUCACAAUAAUUGCCUUGGCACAGGUGUUAACAGGUUAUAUUUACUCAAUAUCUAGCUAAACAUAACACAAUUAUAGUUUACUUCUCAGAUAUUUAUUAUCUAAAGCAGUUUGUGAUAAUUUCUUGCAUGUUUGAAUGUCAAGCACUUCUUAAUAUGUCCCUUUGAUAUCACGUACGUUUGAAAAAGCUUCCCACCUGUUAGCUGAUGCUGCAAACGUUUUCAUUUUGCUGCAAAUGUUUGCAUACUAAUAUCAGAAUGUUUAUUUUUGCUGUUUGUGUAAGAAGGCUAUACCCAAAGUCUCACAGUUGGGGGUAUUCCGUAUUUGUAUGUCUCACAACCUAUAGACUGGCCUGUGUACAGACCCAACUUGAACUUGUUACAAUAAGUUAGAUUAAGUUCAGGCUACCUAUGGACUAAUUUUCAUUCUCCCUCUAAAACAUGUUUUGCAAUGUAUAUAGCCUUUGGAAAUCUGUUUGUUCUUUGCAAUGACACCUGUUAUUUUUUCUUUAAAAAAGCUGAUGUUCUCCAUGCCAUUCAAUUACUGACUGUUUUGACGUAUUUGUGACGUUAUGCAAAGAGAUUAUUCUGCGUAACGCAAAGCUGUAAAUCAUAUAGAGAUUUUUUCAACCUUACAGGUAUCUGAAAAGGUUCAAAGGUGUUCGUGAGAAGGUUCUGAAGAGUUGGUGUCGACAGAUCCUUGAAGGCUUGUAUUUUUUGCACACUCGAACGACGCCUAUUAUACAUCGUGAUCUAAAAUGUGACAAUAUUUUUGUCAAUGGUUCGACUGGAUUGAUCAAGAUUGGCGAUCUGGGCUUGGCCACCUUAAAGAAACACUCGUUUGCAAAAAGUGUCAUUGGUAAAUAUAAGUGUCUAAAAAUAUCUUUGUCUUCAAAGGUUUUGUUAUCAAAUGACGUCAUUUUUUUUUUAUUAAAGUCAUUGAAACUGUCUUUAAAGUCUGCAAGGUUCACACUAGAAAUUCUGUCGGCGAUAUUUCUCCUUCUGGCAAAUGUGAUGGAAUGACUGACAUGCAAAAGACUUAGACUUGUUUACUUCUGAAAAGCGACUCUAUACUUUUGUGUGUGAGUUCACUCAUUUGCAUCUGUCAGAAAUACAAAAUUGCUAGUGUGAAACUGUGCUUUAAGGUACUUACAUCACUUUCCUACAUUUCUGCAGGUACUCCUGAGUUCAUGGCUCCGGAAAUGUACGAAGAACGUUACGAUGAGUCCGUUGAUGUGUAUGCGUUUGGCAUGUGUAUGUUGGAGAUGGUUACGUUGGAAUAUCCCUACAUGGAAUGCCAAAAUGCUGCUCAGAUUUACAAACGUGUCACGCAGGUAUAAUACGAUAUUAUUACACUGGUCAUUACACUGUACGUUGAAUAUUACUUUCCUCUACAUAUAUUGAUCUUUAAUUCCAGGGCAUUGCUCCAGAUUGUCUGGCUAAGGUGGAAAAUUCAGAUAUAUAUGAUAUCAUCGAAGGCUGUACUAAAUACAAGAAGGAGGAAAGGUGUGUAUUAAUAUUAUUAACCUAGCUCUUAAAGGACUAUUGCAGCCACUUUGGUUUUCGUUCGUGUAAUAAACCGUAAAGGAAAAAAUCAUGCGAGGUGCAUUCACUACACCCAGAGUUUUUGUUCAUUUCAACAUGUAUUUUUUUACAAUGAAUUGACAUUGUUCACUUUCGUUGAGUCGACUCUAAAACUUGAAAUUUAUGCUGACCAAUUAUUCUCCUGCUUUGAACUCGAUCAUUGAAUUGGUAGAACGUGAAACUAAUGGAUUUAUGUAGACAUUCCAUCUAUGAUAUUUUUUUCCAGAAUAUAUAUCUUUCUGUAAUUCACGACAAAUCUCCAUGUAGGUACACGAUUCCUUACCUUCUCAAGUGUCCAUUCUUAAAACUUGGUGUCGGUAUCAAAGUGGAUUUAGUGCUGCCAUUAGAAGUGGACCCGGACAAGCCAGAACUUGUGAAGUUGCAAUUACGGCUGGGUGAUCCAAAACUGAGAAAAGAUAAACAUAAAGACAACGAAGCUAUUCAGUUUGAUUUUGAUUUAGUCAAAGAUAAUCCCGAGAAGAUAUCUAAGGAAUUGGUAAGUUUUAGUAUGAUUAAGAUAUUUAGAUAUUUUGAACUUCAGGACGGUACAAUACGUAAUAGUUUAUAAAUUGUAACAAAUUACAAUCUGUUAGAAAAAAACUGGAAUUAGUUGUGGAAAAUGGCAUGGAAACUGAUUAGGACCUUCAUAGAUUUUGGAUGUCAAUAGACCUUUCCCCUUUUAAGUGAAAUUUUAAUCUAGACAAGUUUGAACAAAAAUUUCAUCACAGCUGGAAAGAGCAUAGCAAAAUUAGUAAUAUUCCGAAGUUUCGUUGCAAAAUGUUGUAAAAUGCGGAUACUAUAGCCUUGCGAAGUUUGCUGUUUUUCAGUCAUUUUGCAUUACGAACGGGAAAUUGAUAAUCAGAUGAUCAAACUGAUUAUCAAUUUCCCGUUUGUAAUACAAAAUGACUGAAAAAGGCAAACUUCGCAAGGCUAUAUUAUCCGCAUUUUACAACAUUUUGCAACGAAACUUCGGAAUAUUACUAAUUUUUUGUCCAGCCUAGUCAAGAUCAAAAUUUCACUUAAAAGGGGAAAGGUCUAUUGCCGCCAUCUUGCCUUUAUUUUUCUCAUGGGUCGAAUGACUGAACUUCUUGCUCCGGAUAUAUAAUGAAUGAAUGAUACAGGGUCGAAUGACUGAACUUCUUGCUCCAGAUAUAUAAUGAAUGAUGCAGCUCCUCAAACAAACUAGUAUUUAAAAUUUAAGUUAAGUGGCUUAAACUAACUCACAUUCCUUUCAGGUUUCGUCGGGAUUUAUCGAUGCGAACAGCAUGCAAUUGGCGGCGAAAACCAUCAAAGAAUGCGUUGAACUUGUGAAGAGAAACCGCGAGAAAGGAGCUGUGGAUGAAAAAGAAACUGAGCCUGUGGAAAAGAACCAUCAUGCUUCGGAAAGUUCUCACAAUGUUAACAUUGAAGACCAUGGAAAGAGUCAGGCUGAAGAAUCUUUAGAUCAGUCACAAAGUAAUUCUCGUAGCGCUACAGCAAGUCAAUUAAAUAAACACCAAGGACAAUCGUCUCAUCAACAGCCGCAGUCCACACAGCAGGUUCAACCGCAACAACAGCAAAGAAACGAACCUGAAAGUCAAGAAGUAAGAUCAAGGCAGAAUUCUACCAAUGAAGAACUGGCUGCACAACCAGCCAAGACCACUGUAAGUAAUGAAACUGACACGGGCGCUGACUGUGUGAUGGAAUAUUCGUGGUUAAGCACUUUAUUAGUGUAUUAGUAUUAAACUUUUCUCUUUCGCGACCCGGUAAUGACCAUUCCAGUGCCGGACAUUUCGCGAAAUAUUGGGGAGUUGCCCGCCCCUAUAGUGUCCUCCAGUGAACAUACCGUCUACCUCACCACAGUGUGAUUACUUACACCUCCACCCUUCGUUGUGUUUUCUGCACGCCAACCAAUUAGUCUGUAUCUAUAUGUACAUUUUCCAAUUUCUGUGUUUGUCUAUUUUCUGCAAAAGGCAUCCUCAGUGGCGAGCAAGGAUUCUGGUAUCUCGAACACGUCCGUCGUGAGCUCCGUGGCCUCAGAAGACGCCGCAGGACAACGUCUGGUAAAUAUUUACACCCAUGUAAAGGGAGGAUGAAUGGAAAGUUGCGCCACGCGCACCAUCUGGUGGGCGUUGUUACAACUUUUCAUGUUAUCUUUUUAAGGAACCAUUGCUCAUCCAAACAACGUCUGCUGAUACCAAGCCUUGUCCAGCCUCACCGGACCUAGAGAAAGGCUUGGUCACAAGCGUGGAGUCCUUUUCGACAAUCAGCGAAAAAGGUUAGUGGCCAAUACGUAGAUUAGUGGAGUUUUUGUGAAUGUACAUAUAGGUUUUCGUUUGGACAAACAUAAGCCAUUCAGGCAUCCUGCCUUAUGUCUCAAAUGCGCACACAUUGGCUACGAAUUUUUUGCCAAAUGUUGUUCGAAGAAACCGGAAAUUUCUGCGACCCUCCAUUGAACAUUUCUUUGAUGCUAUAUCUAUGUUUUUCCGUGUGUUGAUCGUAUAAAAUCUGAAAAGGUCAGUAUACAAUUACAAAGGUAAUGCGUGUUUUGAGUGAUUACUAUACUAUGAAAUAACUUACAUUAACAACUUGUUGUGUGUCUUUUUUAAUAGGAUUCAUCUAAUGUAAAUUCAGUUCAAAUACACUUUCUUUUCUUUAUGUUUAUUUUUUCAAAGGUACUUUUAAAAGGUUUAUUAUGAGUAUGAAAUGCUACAGGUUGCUUAUUUUCAAGUUGCUUCUUUUCAGCUUCAAAUGAGACGGUCAGUAUGUCUAGUAGUGGCAACUCUUCUACGAUUUCUCUGCCUGGAUCUCAACCUGCAAGUCAGACGUCCACCCAACAGCCCGCACAACAAGGCCAGCAACCUGCACCAGCCCAAUCUGUAGGCAAGACGAAGAAAAAAGAACGCGCGUUCAAGUUGGCUUUACUCACUGUUAGUGGAGAUGUGAUUGAAUGCUCGUUUGAUACGUACAAGAAUUACAGGAUUACUUUUAAGUUUGAUAUCAAUGAGGAUGAAUCUAUGGAUAUCGCGAAGAGCAUGGUAAGGAAAUGUAUUUAUGUGUGUUUUUAUUUACUUAUGAUAGACCACUUUUAUUUAUACUGGUUAGUUCUAUACCUAUAUUCCCCACAGAGGUGUCAAGUGAGCGCUUUUUCUCGUUGGUUCGGUGCUACUAAAGGAUGAAGCCUUCGACUAAAACGCAAAUAUAAUCAGAUAACUCCGUUGCAGAAUUGAAAGCCACUUGUACUUUGUGCCACCUAACCCCUUCGUUAAACACUUCUUAUACCGUACUUCGACUAUAACCUUUUAUAAAUUUUCCGUAUUGUUAGAUUGACUCUGGUCAUUUACGAGAAGCGAGCAAAGCGUUGUUUGUGGAGAGAUUGCGACGAAUCCUGGGCGAUGCUCGCAGUAAGAAAGACGCAGACAGUGGGACAGUUCGAUUUGACAAUCAGACGUCCUCGGAGGGCAAUCCUGGUUCUGCGCAUGUAAGUCACCCUCCUUGAUUAUGUUCCGUAGAUAGCUGGUUUCACUAUCAUGCAGUAGAUGUAAUCAACUGGCAUGGUAGUUGUCACAGUGAGAAAAUACUGUGUAGAUGGUGAUCAACUGGCAUGGUAGUUGUGAAUUCCUUUCGUUAUGUGUAAUAGUCUUGUGUUUGAAAGAUGAUACUAUUAUUAAGUCUUCCACCAUUGAAAAUGGUUGAUCUCAGUGACAUGAUAUUAUAUAUCAUUUUAUCUAGUACUUUUAAUAUUAACUGUUAGGAUUUGAACUCAGCACGGUUUGAGAUACUUUUAUAUGAGCCGCACUGAAAUUCUAUUAGUUUAAUACGCAAUUAAGCUUCCGAGCUGCAUAUGUAUUUUCAUUAAUAAAUCAUAAAUCAUAUAGUUUAAUUUUCUUGCUCAUAUAAAUUUCAGACAAUGACCACUACCUGCUUUUCGGUAAUGUUUACCAAAAGCAAAUGCCUUGUGUACGAAAUAUCCAGAAUGUCUCAAAUGUUCUUUUUCUUUGCUUAGACUUUACCCACGCCAACAGAGAGGAACGAAGCGUUCCAGUUUCCUGCCCAGCCAGCGAAGUCUGAACCAUCUUCACAGGUAAACGAACCAUCCAGCGAACAAGAUCCAAGUGUACCAGCUAACCAACAGGCCGCGCAAACCUCGCCAGUUAACCAGCAAACUGCCAACCAAGAACAGACGAAGCCUCAGCCCACGCAGGAUGCUGUACAUGCUGUCAACCCGCAACCAACUCCCGUCUUGCAGGUUACCAUUCCUCAACAGACCCACCAACAACCCGCUCCCCAGGUGGCCAAACCACAACCCAUCCAGGAGAUCCAGCAAGCCUCUCAGCAGAAUACACAGGUGGUUGACCUGCAACCCACCCAACAAGUCGGGCAACCACCCACUCGGCAAGCUACACAAUCAAUCGACCCCUCCUCCCAGCAGGUUAAGCAGACAGCUAGCCCACAGUCUAUCCAACAACCCACCCAAAUCCCCCCCGCUACCCAAAUCGCGGUAACCCAACAGGCUGACCAACAAAGUAAGCAGCCAAUAACCAACCAAGUCACCCUACAGCAACCUAACCAAGCUGUCAAUCUGGCUAAUGAACACGCUACACCACCGAUCAACCAACAGCCCACCACUCCUCAAGUCUCUCAACAAACCACCCCACAGGUGGAGCCCCAACCACUUUAUAACCAGGCUAGCCAACAAACCUUACCGAGCCAGGCUAGCCAACAAACUGUAAUCCCUCCAACAACUUUUCCCCAACCUCUGACAACCCAGCCACAAGAUACAACCACAAAGCCGGCGACCAAAACACCCACCGAGGUUCGUACCGUUGUAGCAAAGAAAAAACAAUUCCAGGUGCAGGUUUUAGAAGAACCUCAGAACGGUUCGGCGACGGACUUACCAAUUACGCCUGUACAACCUGUGAACACUAAUGUACCACAAGGUCCCAAUAUGAACACUAAUGUGCCACAAGGUCCUUCUGUGAAUACUAAUGUACCAAAAAAUACCAAGGUGUCGCCAAUACAAGAGGUAGCUGCGCCUAUAGUAGCAUCACAAACAAGUGCGCAAGGAACUACAACACAACAGUCGGUCAAAACAAACAAUGAAGUAACAUCUAGCUUGCCUACAAAGCAACCCAAUACUGAAGCAUCAGGACAGACUACUGUAACACAAUCACAAGGCAAUGACGUCGUACAAAAUGCAACACAAGCUCAUAAUGUUGCAACACAAUCCGCGCAAACUCCUACAGGUUCGCCGACACAACAUCGGAAGCCUCAAGGGACAUCCUCACCAAGACCUGCAAGCCCUAUCGUCUCCGUUGCGCAGCCGACACAGUCUGUUGCGACACAAGACCCAACCAAUGCUGCUAAUGCUGUACAACAAGCAACCUCGACGCAAACCUCCUUUGUUCAAGAACAAAAAACCGAAGCCUCUGCUUCAACAGAAACACGCGAUUUGCCACAAGAAAACAUCCGUGUGCAGUCCCCAAUGAGCAACCACCCUCCUAUAUACAUCCCCAUUGCCCCCUCUGAAACACCCAGUAAUGAAAACAAUACUUCGAAAAGCACGGACGAUCCAGUUUCAGAGAAACCUCAGAAUUGUCUGAAAUCUCAAAACUCCACAGAGAGUGAAAAGACGACGAAACAUGAUGACUUCAUAGUACAACUGACUUCGUCAAUUCAAACUCAGACGAGUUUUGAUAAAAACACUGUUAUUCGAGAGCAGUCUAAGAAAUCCACUGAACGAAAAACGAUUGAGAAGAGCUCGUCUGAUGAGCAACCACCAAGUUAUGAUGAUAGUGAUGGUUCGGUUUCUAGCGAAAAGUCCUACAGCCGACAGUCAUCCGAUAGUUAUUCUGCACACGACGUGGAUAUACCUAGCGCUGUGCACAAGAAUAUUGGAAUACCACAAACCAAAGUGGAUAUUGAACAUUGGCUAAACCAGGUAACUGUGUAAUUGUAUGAUGCUUGUGAUGUUACUCUGAGGCCCCGUUUACACUAUACCGGAUUGCUAUCGGAGUGGGUCAAAUUUUGUAGGUAUCGAAAGGCUGUGAAGAUUUUUAAUCUCAGAGACCCAAAUAAACAUGCCAAUUCUGUCAAACUAAUAAGCAUUUGCUACUAACCAUUGCUCCGUAGCGGCAAAAGAAGAUGUCGUGACCAGCGAAUCCGGUAUAGUGUAAACAGGGCCUGAGUGUAUAUCCACACCGGGCAAGCUUGAAGAAUAUGCCUGACCACGGUGGGAAUCGAACCUACGGUUCGGAAUACUACUCUAUUGACCUGAGUACAUUACACCUACACAGAAAAAAAUCAUGUGUAUAUAUAUAUUUCUAUUAUUGGUAAGUUUGAGUAAGCGUUAUGGGGCAAACGAAGGUGGUCGACCUCUUGUGAUAAUAUAACAUGUAUAAUGGCAGAGUGAACAUCACUUUUCCCAUUCUGGUAACUGCUGGUUGACCCACCAUGUGCUGUAAUGUUAUGAAAUCUACCUACAGUGCCGCUGAGUCUUAAAGUACAGGCAAAGAAAUUGGGCACUUCGUGUAGUUAGACUACACGAAGUUUGCGUGCGGGUUAGACUACACGAAAUUUGCGUGCGGGUUCUACUACACGAUGUUUGCGUGCGGGUUAGACUACACGAAAUUUGCGUGCGGGUUAGACUACACGUACAGUCAGAUUACAUAUUAGAUAGGAAGAUUCCGUUCAUCUCCUGUUUUUGCCAGCUACAUCUUCCCCUGUUGUAUUUCCCUAGACUGGUGAUGGUGAUGGUGAAGGUGGUCUUGCUAAUUUACAACUUUCCCGUGAAGAAGUGGACGAUUUAAAGCGACUGUACAAGAAGUAAGUCGAUCUCGAUAUUUGGACCUUAAAAGAUGCUGUUUUGUGUCUGAGCUGCCAAAGUAAAGAUUAACACUUUUCGAGUGCAGAUCCAUCAACAAGAUGUUACUAACUUACUAUAACCUCCUGACGAAAAUCCUGUCCUCCAAACGUUAAGUGUUUUCAAUAUUUUUUCAGGGAGUUCCGAGACAAAAACCACAGCUGUAGAAUCCUACCUUUAUUAGGCCCGGACUCUUCUCUUCUUCUCUUCUACCUUUAUUGGACCCGGACCCCCUCUUUGAAAUCUCGCCUAAAACGAUGUGUCUGCUUUGUUGUUUUAGACAAAACGAAGAGCGUGUAGACGUGCAGAAACGACAAACUAGAGAGCAUGAAGAGAUGCAGAAACGACAAACUAGAGAGCUUGAAGAGAUACAGAAACGACAAACUAGAGAGCUUGAAGACAUCUACAGAAAAUUAGAGCAAAGAAAGAACGAUAAACUACUCAAGGAUCCCAAACGAUCAGUAGUGUCAAAUAUUACAAUGAAAACCACAAUCACAACUCAAACUGUUCAAGAACACAAGUCUUCAAACGGGCAUAGCGUUAAGACCACUGUUAAGAAACAAAUCCAUCAUUCGGAUGAAAACCUCACAAAACUUCAACAACGCAGUAUGCAACAGUUUGAAUUCGAUGCGUCGAAGAAGAAAGGUGGGAGUGUUGCGAUGGGAGGAUGGUCAACAAACAAGCAUACAUUUAAUCAAAUGAAAGGCCAACCAGGGACAGCAGCGCCUAUGGUGAUGAAAGGACCCCGGGUAGCCGCUCCCACCAGUAGUUCAUCCAUGCCCCACAUCCCACAAAGUGCAGCAGGGUAUACCCCCCAUACUUCCUCGUCAAUGGUAUUUGCCACCCCACAGAACAAUGCGAUGCAUGUUAACCAUCCUGGUCAGAUGCAUCACCAAUGGCAUGGUGAAAGUACUGCCGUGUACUGGACUAACGGAGCCAAUCCGAAUUGGCAAGCCGAAACCGGAAAUGGGCGCGGGCAGCCGAUCACAUAUUCCGACGCCACUCGUCACGUGACCGAUAUGAACUCUUGGCAAGCUAACGGUCCGUAUCAUCCUGUUGCUACGCAACCACAACAACAAAUGGCGCAAGCGAAUAACCCGUCUCGGACAGACGGUCAAAUGACAACGGACAAUACAAAACAUGUUGUUCUACCCAGUAGGUAGCAUUGCGUCGAGAGAAAUUCGUUUUUCAAUCUUUUAUUUCAUUAAUUUACAAAGAUUAAGUCCACGAAGAAAAUUGACGUCGCCGUUCGUGGUUUUCCGUGUUCGCGCGUGAUUCAUCUGCUUGUCCAUGGCAGGCUUGUGUGUCUACUGCGCACGAGUUUUUUAUGAUUCACUUAAAUAUCUUUCCGCGCGGCUUUCGCGUUUCUCGAUUAUAACGUGUGGCUGUUGCGUGUAUGGCUCGUGAAUUCUUCGUGUAUCACGCGUGUAACCAUGAAACUCGAGCGAGAUGGGGGGUUUUGCACGCGGCAAGCAAAGAAUAAUCAAAUUUUUGUCAAGCAUUAAUUUGCUUUAAAUAAUAAUGUACAGUUUAUAUUUAAGAGAGAUUUUUGUAUCCAUAGUGCAAUAUUUGGGAUGCAGGGGUGGGGUGGGGGGGAGAUGGUUUUGCAAGCAACUCCUGGAGAGAGGAGAGAACAUGUUUUUGUACAUCAUUGACAUUUGGGUUUUUGAAACCUAUUUUUGAAAUGGUGUGGUGUUGGGAGGCUAUUUUUUCUAGAAACAAUUUUGCUAUGGAUAAUUCUAAUAUUAUUUGAAAUAUUAUUUUAAGUGCAAUAAGAUUUGGCAAUCGUUUUUGAAACGAAUCAUUUUUUUCUCGGACUGAUUUCACCCGGGUCCUGACUGAGCAUUGCUUGUUAAGGACGUUGUAGAAUCUUGGAUUGGUAAAGUUUAAGUUCAUAUUAUACUGUAUUCCUUAAAGACGUUUCUUCUACCCAAUACUAAAAAGUUUUCAACUUCUGAUAUUUUGUUUGUUUAAUAUGGAAAUGAUUACGUUAUAAGCAGGGUGAUAAUUUUACAGUGAUCAGGUGCUUACUUUUUGAUCUGAUUCCUGAAUGUUAGUUAUGAUUUUGAAUGAAAGUUUUCGUAAUUGUUUAGUUGAAAUAUCCUGACUUUAAAAUUGCGAAAGAACUUAUUCUUUCUGUUCCCCAUUUUCACAAAGUAAUGUCCUUUAAGGAGUGCUUAUAAUAUUUGCAACAUGUACACAAACAUCAAGAUCAGUGCAAUAUAUAUUCUGCAACGUCCUGAUACCAUACAAUGUCUAUUUCUCCUAUUUUCAAAUAUUGUAUUGAUUAAUAAAAUGACUCACAAAGAAGAUAAUGACAAUAUUUACGAUGUUUAAAUAUUCUUUUAUAGUAUGUUAUAUGGGCGUUUGUUUUCGUUCUAUGCAGUAAUUACAUGCCAAAGAAACAAACAUUGAUCAGAAUUUUAAUAUGAACGUGAAGUUAGUGUCUUGCGCAGAUAUAAGAACUCUUAUGAACCCGCUUAACAGUUUUCAUCCACUCCGUUGGUUGUGAUGAACAAUGGUGUUUUCUGCAGAUUGUCUUCAAAGAUCAUGUCCAAGAAUUCCUAGCAAUCCCAAAGGUAUCAUCCAAAAUGAGGCGAUCAUCUUUGUUGCCAUAUUGAAUGGUUUCUUCUGUGAAAAUCCUAACAAGAAAUAUACAUGGGUUACGGCCAGUGGUUU